AUGUCACGCGCCUCGGCUGGCUUCGCAGACUUCUUCCCCACCGCCCCAUCCGUCCUUCAGCAGAAGCGCUUCAAAACAGCGCAGGAACGACGGAAGUUACAUGUCGAGGGUGAUCAAAAUUCUGAAAGGAUCCCGGAUUGUCCAGUGUCUCUUGCUCCGAGCACACCAACGACCGUCGAUACACCUCCCAAAUCCGAUACAAACGAGGGAACAGCUCGCACUCCAUCGGUCCCCAACGUGUCUGAAUUGACCGUUUCCGCCAAGGCGAAAAGCGCGGAGGAUAAGACUGGGCUAGCUGCACCCGCCGCAAAUCACGUCCCAUCACAAAUCGAUACAUUGACACCGCUCACUAACGCGGAAUCAUCACCCCCUUGCAAAUUAACUAGCCCAUCACAGCCAAAGAUAGCAGGCGGAGGUUCUCCGGGUACUUCUUCCAGGCCGAACCCUGAAAUCACCAAAUCUUCCAUCACUCCAAUCCACACCCCUCCGACCCCUCAAUCGCAAACCCGACACCUCGAGCUCCGUGUGAGAGGCUGCAAGGUUGUCUAUGACCCCGAUCUGGACAAGCGGACCUCGUCAAAGGAAAAGCGGAGAAAGCUCGAGUAUGUGGACAUCGUGAAUAAUGGCCAAUCUGAUGCACCGCCCGAUCCGCGCCUCGCGAUUGCCAAUUAUACCCGUGGAUCCGGCUGCAAGCAGAAAACGAAAUAUCGACCCGCACCUUACAAUUUGAAACCAUGGUCAUACGACGUGGCAACGAGCAUUGGUCCCGGGCCUCCGAUCCAGGUCGUGGUGACGGGGUUUGACCCUUUGACCCCGAUCGCCCCGAUCAGCGCACUUUUCUCGAGCUUUGGAGAUGUGGCCGAGAUCAAAAACCGCACAGACCCCAUCACCGGCCGGUUUCUGGGGAUCUGCUCCAUCAAAUACAAAGAUAGCACCUCACCCCGGGGAAAUGGCCCAGCAUCAGCAUCUAGCGCAGCCCGACGUGCGUACUUCGAAUGCAAAAAAGAACAACGCAUUGGCACGCGCAGGAUUAGGGUCGAACUGGACCGCGACGGGAUUGUCUCAGAUCGAAUGGCCGCUAAAGCAGUCGAGUCCCAGCGACAGGCUUCCAAAAUCAACCUUCCGCCCGCAAGUGAACCGAGACCCGAUGUCCAGAUCAAGAAAAGCGAACCACCACCGACUGCGCCCAAAGGUCCCUCGGGCAGAUCAUCCUUACGGCCGGGGGUCGUUAUCCCAGAAGGCCCUAGGGCCGGUGUCCGAUCUCCUGUUGUGCAAUCAUUGGUCGAAGAAACUCCUAUCUUGAGUCAGAUCAAACGCGAUCCAUACAUUUUCAUUGCGCAUUGUUACGUCCCGGUUCUCAGCACAACGGUUCCGCACUUGAGGAAGAGACUCAGGCUCUUUGCAUACAAGCAUAUUCGUUGUGACAAAACUGGCUACUAUAUCAUCUUCGAGAACUCGCGGCGGGGUGAGGAGGAAACUGAACGCUGCUACCGACUAUGCCACAUGCAACCAUUGUUCACGUAUAUCAUGAAUAUGGAGAGCCAGCCCUACGGGAACCCGAACUACGAACGAAGUCCCAGCCCUGAACGCCUUCGCACCGAACGGCGCGACAAAGCCGAAAAGGAUCGGGCAAGAAAAGAAGCCGAAUUGGAUAUCGAAGAAGAGAAAAAGCAGCGGGCGCUUGAUUUGGAUCCAUGUCGAGAGGUAUUGUCUAUGAUCAUUCGUGACCUGAGGGACAAGCUUCUUGAGGAUGUGAAGUCACGCAUUGCUGCUCCAGCUCUCUACGACUAUUUGGAACCCAGUAAGCAUGCAUCUAGAAGGGAACGGCUGGGCAUUUCGGACCCCGAAGGGACAAAACGAUCUGUUUUCCAAAUCGACAGCACCCCUGGCUCUCGGGGUGAAAUGUCUGCCGGGCGAGAUCCCCUCAGAUCAUCAGGUCUGAAUGUCCUUGCUCUUCCUCGUAUCCGGAAAGCCCAUGGUCUUGACCAUGCGGGUGCUGCUUUCCUAGACGAACGGCGCAGGCAACCACUACGAAAGAAAGAAGUCCGACCCUUGUAUCAUCGCUUGCAGCAGUUGCACGAUGAUGAAGAUUCGGACGACGAGCAGCGCACUCCUGCCACUCAGGAUGCCGAUGACCGAGAGAGUCGACCCCCUAGUCGCGCAAGUUCAACGUCAUCAGAGUUUGAACGGGAUGGGGGGUAUCGGUCAGACGAUCAAGAAGAAGAGCGCAGCGCUCAAGUUAUGGACGAUUUGGAUGCCACAAAUGAAAUCGGCGAUCUUUCUCAUGAACUUCAGGUGUCCCCGACAGGCAAGAGAAAGCGACUGGCCGAAGAUGACGAAGCACGAAAGCGGCAGCGGCAGGAGGAUGAGCUAUUUGGCAUUGACUCGGAGACAGCCAAGCAUGAAGAUUUGGCCAAGGAUCUGAAGACGCCCGCGGCUAUUGGCGAUGAUCUCGCAGAGAAUGGUGACGAAUUGGCAACGCACGAUCAACCCGCAGACCAAUUCACCGAGCAUGUCACUCACAAACACCCCGAGGGGAUGAUGUUUCGAACAGAAAUUGAAUGGGGUGUUUCCAAGGAUGAGCCCCGCGCCACGGUGGAAGAUGAUGAAAACAUUGUGCUUGAUUUGGAUGGUUGGCAACACCUGGUCAAGGAUGAUGAAGACCUGCGAUUUUUGCGAGAAGUCCUAGUGGAUCAGUCAGAAUCCAUUAUCCAAAAUCUUGCUGCAUGGGGUUGGAAACAGAAGGAGAUCAAAGCUCUCAAUGGCCUGGAAACUGGCACGACCCAUGACGCUAUCAGUAUCCCUGGUUAUUAUGUGCCAAACACCACAGGUGCUGCGCGGACGGAAGGUCGAAAAAGGAUUCUUGAGGCAGAAAAGUCCAAAUAUCUACCCCAUCGUAUCAAGGUUCAGAAGGCUCGCGAGGAGCGUGAAGCGAAUGCCAAGGCAGACCCCCAGGCAGCAGCAGCAGAAGCUGCCAGGAUUGCCGCCGCCAAAACAAUAUCAAAGUCGACAUCCCGGUCAACCCGAGUCAACAACCGCCGGCUCAUUGCAGAUAUCAAUGCGCAAAAACAGGCCCUUCCCACUGCGAAUGGCGAAGGAGACGUUCUUCGAUUUAAUCAGCUCAAAAAACGCAAGAAACCUGUGCGCUUCGCUCGCUCUGCUAUUCACAAUUGGGGCUUGUAUGCUGAGGAAAACAUCACUGCCAAUGAUAUGAUCAUCGAGUAUGUUGGUGAGAAAGUGCGUCAGCAGGUCGCCGAUAUGAGAGAAAGACGAUACCUGAAGAGCGGGAUCGGCAGCAGUUAUCUAUUCCGAAUCGAUGAAAACACCGUCAUCGAUGCCACAAAGAGAGGAGGAAUUGCCCGAUUCAUCAAUCACAGCUGUACACCCAACUGCACUGCUAAAAUCAUCAAGGUUGAUGGCAGCAAACGGAUUGUGAUUUACGCGCUCAGGGAUAUCGAAAGAGAUGAGGAGCUAACUUACGACUACAAAUUCGAAAGAGAGUGGGACAGCGAUGACCGAAUCCCCUGCCUCUGUGGUUCAACGGGCUGCAAAGGAUUCCUCAAUUAA